UAAAAUUUUCACUAAGAUGGGAGCCACCAGACCUGAGCUAUCUACACAAUCUCACACCUUCCACAGACUGUGUGGAUUCAUUCUCUAUGGCAUAUCAGGAACAGGUCUCCAUCAAGCCAAGUCCUAAACCCAACUUACAGUAUGGACGAGCCUGGCUGAUGGACCAGAUCAAGUCUUGCUUCCGCACUACCUCAUCAGUCAUGGCCACUGACAUUGUAUGUGAGUCGGUUGUCGCCCUCCUGACCACUCAGCGCUCAAAUGACGAACUCCAAAAUGAGCUGUUUGACCUGCUAGGGUUUGAUCAUUUUGAGCUCAUAGAACGGGUAUUGGAGCACAGAGAAGAUAUUGUUAUAAGCUGUUCAGCAGCUCAGGAGAAAAAAAUUAUGUCAAGCAAUGCCAGAACGGCUGCCCUAGAGAGGCGCCCAACAUUCGGAUGCCAAGUAGUAGUUCAAUCUGAACAAGAGAAACUACUUCUAAAGCAAGCUCGUAAAGAAGAAAAGAAAUAUAAUAAAUUAAUUGCAAAGGAAGAAGACGUUGAUGAAGAAGAUGAAAGUUUUGAUCCAGUAGAGUUACGUGCUAAAAGGCAAGCUGCCCUGACCUCUUCCUCCAGUACUACUGUAACUACAACUACCAAGGACAAGGUGGUAGCGAGAGCUAGUCAGAACAGAGAAGUCUAUCCUCAUGUCUAUGACUCCAUGGCCAAUGUCAAACAAACUUCUGGUUUCAUUUCUGGUUUAAAAUUGAUGCUACCGGAAGGAGCCACUCGCAAGGAUACAAAACAGUAUGAAGAAGUAAACAUUCCAAUCUGUGAGUCCGCUCCAACGUCUGUUGGUAGCAAUUUCAUACCUAUAUCAGCAUUAGAUAAGAUUGGCCAGAUGGUAUUCGAAGGUGUGAAACACUUGAACCGUAUCCAGUCUGUCGUGUUUGACACAGCCUACCACAGUAAUGAGAACCUGCUGAUAUGUGCUCCCACUGGGGCAGGCAAGACCAAUGUCGCUCUCCUCACAAUCUUGCACACUAUCAGGAACUACAUGGAAAACGAUGUCAUCAAGAAGAAUCAGUUUAAGAUAGUCUACGUGGCACCGAUGAAAGCUCUUGCUGCAGAGAUGACAGCCAACUUCUCUCGUAGACUGCAGUGUCUAGGGGUGACUGUGCGGGAACUGACAGGUGACAUGCAGCUCACCAAGUCUGAAAUAUUGCAGACACAAAUGCUCGUCACUACUCCUGAAAAGUGGGAUGUUGUUACGAGAAAAGCAGGAGACGUUGCUCUGGCUAACAUUGUGAAGCUACUGAUAAUUGAUGAGGUUCACCUUCUACACAGUGACCGUGGCCCAGUCGUCGAGGCCAUUGUCGCCCGUACACUCAGGCAGGUAGAAUCAUCUCAAAACAUGAUUCGUAUUGUUGGACUGUCCGCUACCUUGCCAACAUACUUGGAUGUCACUAGGUUCCUGAGGGUAAAUCCUUUUAAGGGGCUCUUCUACUUCGACGGAAGAUUUCGCCCUGUGCCUCUCAGUCAGACCUUUGUGGGAGUCAAAUCUUUGAAACCUCUGCAGCAGAUGUCUGACAUGGACCAAGUCUGCUAUGAGAAAGUUCAUGAAAUGGUUCAGAAAGGUCAUCAAGUGAUGGUUUUUGUACAUGCUCGCAAUGCAACUGUGCGCACGGCUAACAUUCUGCGGGAAACAGCUCAGCUGAAAGGACACCUAAAGGACUUUGAGCCAGCUGAAGGGGCUGCCACGGGCCUGGCUCGCAAGGCAUUCUCUCACUGUCGUUCCAAACAGUUGGCUGAUCUCUUCCAGGCAGGUCUAUCCGUUCACCAUGCAGGCUUGUUGCGCAGUGACAGGUCACUGGUAGAGAAAUAUUUUGGGGAAGGCCUGAUCAAAGUGUUGGUGUGCACCUCAACACUGGCGUGGGGAGUGAACCUGCCGGCACAUGCUGUGAUCAUCAGGGGCACAGAGAUUUAUGAUGCUAAGCGUGGUUCAUUUGUGGACCUGGAAAUUUUAGAUGUGUUGCAAAUCUUUGGACGUGCAGGGCGGCCACAGUUCGACAAGUCAGGACAUGGAACUAUCAUCACCACUCAUGAUAAACUCUCUCACUACUUGUCCGUGCUUACCAACCAAUAUCACAUCGAGAGCAACUUCAUAAACUGCCUUGUGGAUAAUCUCAAUGCUGAGGUGACACUAGGAACAAUUUCAAAUGUAGAAGAAGCUGUCAAGUGGUUGAGCUACACCUAUUUACAUGUUCGCAUGAGGAUAAAUCCAUUACAUUAUGGCAUCAAACACCAGGAAAUCUUGGAUGAUCCAAACCUGGACAGAAAGAGAAGGGAACUGAUAGAGAACGCAGCACAGGCACUGGACCGGGCCAAGAUGCUGCGUUACAUCCCACACACUGGAGACCUCAGUGUCACAGAUCUGGGUCGUACAGCUAGUCAUUACUACAUCAAAAAAGAUACAGUUGAAGUGUUCAAUGAAGAUAUAAAGACAGACGAAUAUAUCAUGCAUGACAAAGAGAUAUUUGCAAUGAUUUCAAAGGCUCAAGAAUUUGAACAACUCAAAGUAAGGGAUGAUGAACUCGAUGAAUUGGACAAUCUUACCCAUGAAAAUUGUGAAGUAGAAGUGAUGGGUGGCAGUGAGAACUUGCAUGGAAAAGUGAACAUCUUACUACAGACUUUCUUGUCCCGUGGCCGAGUCAACUCCUUCUCGCUCAUGUCUGACCUCUCCUAUAUUACACAGAAUGCUGUUCGAAUAGCCCGUGCAUUGUUUGAUAUAAUGCUUCGUAAACAUAAUGCUCUGAUGGCCGGCCGGCUCCUGCGCAUAUGCUUGAUGCUUGAGAGGCAACAAUGGGACAUUGAGUCUGAAAUGAGACAAUUCGGCAUUCUUGGUCAGGAUAUCAUUGAUAAGAUCGAAAAUCAAAGGAAUCUCACUGUCCAUAAACUGCGUGAAAUGGAUUCGAAGGAAAUCGGCUCAUUGUUGCGCCACGCUAGAAUGGGAGAGGUAGUCAAGCGUUGUGCCUUUGAGUUUCCGUUGGUAGACGUUGAGUCUAGUCUUCACCCUAUUACUCGCACCAUCUUGCGCAUCCGACUCACCAUCACUGCCGACUUCAAGUGGAAUGAUAAAGUUCAUGGAAGAACAUCAGAAGCAUUUUGGGUUUGGAUCGAAGACCCAGAUAACAACUACAUGUAUCAUUCAGAGUACUUCCUGUUAACCAAAAAACAAGCUAUCCAGAAGGAGCCUCAGGAGUUGAUAAUCACGAUUCCUGUAGGUGAGCCUUUGCCAGCACAGUACCUGGUACGAGUGUGUAGUGACAGUUGGCUGGGUUCCCAGAACUCAAUACCUCUGUCCUUCCAGCACCUCAUAUUGCCAGAGACACAUCCUCCACACACAGACUUGCUGGAGCUACAACCUCUCCCCGUGACAGCCCUGGGUGACACUGAGCUGGAACUGCUGUUUCCCUUCACUCAUUUCAACCCCAUCCAGACUCAGAUCUUCCACUGUCUCUACCACACAGACAACAACGUGUUACUUGGUGCCCCCACCGGCUCUGGCAAGACUAUUGCUGCUGAGAUAGCUAUGUUCAGAGUCUUCAAACAAUAUCCAGGAUCUAAGGUAGUUUACAUUGCUCCACUAAAAGCUCUUGUUAGGGAGCGUAUAGUUGAUUGGAAGGUGCGUCUACAACAAAAGCUGAACCGACCAGUUGUUGAACUUACAGGUGAUGUAACACCUGAUGCCCGAGCCAUUAACUCGGCCGAUGUGAUCGUGACAACCCCUGAGAAGUGGGAUGGUAUCUCUCGGAGCUGGCAGACCAGAGGUUAUGUGCGAGAUGUAGCACUCAUCAUCAUCGAUGAGAUCCACUUACUCGGUGAGGACCGAGGUCCUGUGUUAGAGGUGAUUGUGUCCCGGACCAACUACAUCGCAUCUCAUACGGCCCGCACUCUGCGCAUUGUAGGUCUUUCCACCGCCCUGGCCAACGCACGUGACUUGGCUAACUGGCUUGGCAUUGGACAGAUGGGAUUGUACAAUUUCCGGCCUUCAGUUAGGCCUGUACCGUUGGAGAUCCACAUCAGUGGCUUUCCUGGUAAGCAUUACUGCCCUCGCAUGGCUACCAUGAACCGGCCAACAUUUCAAAGCAUCCGUCAGUACUCUCCUGCACAGCCUGCUCUCAUAUUUGUAUCUUCACGUCGGCAGACGCGCCUUACCGCACUUGAUCUCAUUGCGUUCCUUGCUGCUGAAGAUGAGCCUAAACAAUGGCUUCACAUGGAUGAAAGUGAAAUGGAGCAGAUUGUAUCUGGAAUUAAGGACUCAAAUCUGAAGCUCACUUUGGCUUUCGGCAUCGGGAUGCACCAUGCUGGUUUGAUAGAGAGGGACCGAAAAACUGUUGAAGAGCUGUUUGUUAACCAAAAAAUACAGGUGCUGAUAGCCACAGCCACCCUGGCCUGGGGGGUGAACUUCCCUGCACACCUCGUGGUGGUGAAGGGCACUGAAUAUUAUGAUGGCAAAGUAAAACGUUAUGUAGACAUGCCUAUCACUGAUGUACUGCAGAUGAUGGGCCGUGCGGGGCGGCCACAGUUCGAUACUGAGGGAGUUGCUGUUGUACUGGUCCACGAUAUGAAGAAAAACUUCUACAAGAAAUUCAUCUAUGAGCCGUUUCCAGUGGAAUCAAGCCUGUUGGCUGUGCUGGCUGACCACCUCAAUGCGGAGAUUGUUGCUGGUACUAUCAAGAGUCGACAAGAGGCUCUUGACUACCUCACAUGGACUUACUUCUUCCGUCGGCUGCUGUGCAAUCCCACCUACUACGGUCUGGAGUCACUGGAGGAUCACAAUAUCAAUCGGUUUCUCUCCACUCUUGUUGAGAAGACCAUUAUUACUCUUGAGGAAGCAAAAUGUAUAGUGACACUUGAGGAUGGACGUGGAUUGAGUACAACAUCACUAGGCCGCAUCGCUUCCUUCUACUAUCUCUCUCACGAGACUAUGCUGCACCUGCAAAAAUCCCUGGGAGAAAUGUCGACACAAGAAGAUCUGCUGCAGUGUCUGUGUAAUGUGCACGAGUACAGCCAGCUGCCUGUGCGCCAUAAUGAAGAUAACCUCAAUGGAGAGCUAGCAAAACUAUGUCCUUUGCCAGUGGACUAUAUACAGCUGGACUCACCCCACGUCAAGGCACAUCUGCUGCUGCAGGCCCACUUCUCCCACAUCCAGUUACCUUGCACUGACUACUACACUGACACCAAGUCUGUACUGGACCAGUCAAUCAGGAUACUACAGGCGAUGGUGGAUGUUUGUGCUGAACAAGGCUGGCUUGCCACCACCCUGCGUCUACAGCUGCUGAUGCAGAUGGUGUCUCAAGCUCGGUGGCUCAAGGACUCACCACUUACCAUGCUACCUAACAUCGAGGCACACAUGCUACACUUGUUCCGCAAACGCAAGGACCUCUCUACGUUGCCAACACUCUUGACAGUUCCUUACAAUACACUGGCUGAUGCUCUUCGCUCAGAAUUGGAUGAAGGCCAAAUCCAACAAAUUUAUAAGGUUCUUCAAAGUCUCCCACAGAUACGUGUUGAAAUCAAUGUCCAAGGUUGGUGGGAAGAUGUAGGAGACACAGUAAAGCCUAUAAGACUAGGUACCAAGAAACCUGUAUUGGUUCACACCUGCCACGAGUACACUCUCAGUGUCAAGUUUACAAGAGUGAACCGUCCAACAGAGAGGAGGGCUUAUGCUCCCUACUUCCCCAAGCCUAAGGAUGAGGGAUGGUUUCUCACUCUGGGUCAUGUUGAUAAUGUGGAGUUGUUGGCACUCAAGCGAGUUCCACCCAUAAAUCAUCAGAGCAGUCAGUUGAUCACUUUCUCCACUCCUGCCAGACCAGGACCAUACAUCCUGACCUUGUACAUAUUUUCGGACACUUACCUCGGAUUGGAUCAGCAGUAUGAUAUUCCUCUGGACCUGGUGACCUCCACUUUCACAGAUCAGCAAAUCACACAAGUGGAGUCUGAUGUGCUGUAAAACCUUGCUUAACUCGGUUAAGUUCCCAAACUAUGGCUGUGAAUGGUGAAAUAUGAUAUAUACAACAUUUUGAGAUGUUUUAUAUAAUUUUGUUAAAACCAUAAUCAUAUUUUCGUGUUCUCCAAAAAUAUUAAGUUGUUAUUAGUCUGUAAACAUUGAUAUUUUUAUAUCAGAUUUAUUUAAAGCUAUUAUAAUAGAAUCCUUCCACAGA